AUGUGGAACAAGCGAGCAUGCAUGAUCAGAUUGUGCUGGCAAAAGAUCACAGUCGUAUACAUUAUGCUGUUUAGUCCAUCACUCGCUCUAACCUCGCUGGGCAAAUGUCCCCCUGUUCUACCGGGCGUGCUAAAUGUGCACCUUGUCGCGCAUACCCAUCUGGAUGUGGGCUGGAUAGAGACCAGAGAUUCAUAUUAUCAUUAUCGUGUACGUCUUAUAUUGAAUUCCGUGAUUGAUCAACUGAUUCGAAACCAUUCAUAUCGAUUCACAGUGAGUGAGAUCAACUAUUUCAGUCAAUGGUGGUCGGCACAAACAGUACCACUGCGGAAUGCCGUACACAAACUAGUCUGUGAAGAUCGAUUGCAUUUUGGGCUGGGUGGCUGGGUCAGUGCAGAUGAGGCAGUCGGGCACUAUUCUGACUUGAUUGACCAGCUCACACUUGGACGACAGUUCAUUCAUCGAUGGUUCCGGUCAUGUGGUCGACCUCGAAUGGCCUGGCAAAUUGAUACAUUCGGACAUUCACGAUCACAUGCGGACGUUUUCUACGAGGCUGGUUACGAUGGAAUUGUUUUCGGACGAGCGGAUUUCCGCGAAAAGUCGUGGAUGCGACGGGAACAGCGAUUAGAAUCGUUGUGGGACACCAAAUCCAAUCCGAAAGAAGACAGUCGACUGUUUACAUCUUUUUUACCCAUUUCCUAUUGUAACCCGACCAAAAUGUGUCCGGGUUUCGAUUGUUUGGUUAGUGAAAAACAACUCUACGAGGUUUUUCAUGCCAUGCACAAACAAAUACGAGUACAAAGGAACCACGUUAGCAGCCAACAGCUACUGUUACCCAUUGGAUGCGAUUUUUCAUUCGAAUAUGCACAGAACAACUUUAAGGCGAUUGAUCGAUUGAUCGAUUACCUGAAUUCGAAAUAUCCGAUUGAUGAGAUUCGUGUGUUCUACUCGACACCAGAUUGUUAUCUGACUGCAAUCAAUUCAAUGUGGAAGCCUGCGAUUGCGUUUAGUGUGAAACAGGGUGAUUAUCUCCCCUACGCGGAUGUACCGAAGCGUUACUGGGUCGGUUUCUAUACGAGCCGACCAGCUUUAAAAGCUUAUUUGAGACUGGCGUCUGUGCUGAAAACGGUGAUUGAACACGUGAGUGUGUACUGCUGUUCACAUUCGGAUCCUCAUGCACUCAACAUUCACCUCGUCCCACACACACAUGACGAUGUGGGUUGGACAGCCACUGUGAGUGAAUACUAUUCCGGUCUGGUCAAGUCGAUCUUGGACUCGGUCAUUACAGAAUUGCUUCGCAACAGAGCAUAUAAAUUCACCUAUGUGGAAAUGGCUUUCUUCACUCAGUGGUGGCGUGAACAGACACCAAAACGACAAGAUACAAUACGCCAGUUAGUACUCGACGGUCGACUCCAGUUCGAUUUAGCUGGUUGGGUCAGUGCGGAUGAGGCGACCGUACACUAUGCCGAUCUGAUCAAUCAGCUCACCCUGGGACGUCAGUUUAUUCGUCAGACAUUCGGCUUGUGUGCACGUCCCCGUACAGCGUGGCAGGUGGACACAUUCGGACAUUCGCGUACACAUGCCUACGUGCUCCGAGAGGCCGGUUACGAAGCGUUGUAUUUUAGCCGGAUGGACUAUCUGGAGAAGCACAGUCUGCGCGAAAUGAGACAACUGGAAUUCUUUUGGAUGCCGUCGGUGGAAACAGGUGGCGUCAUCGACAAACAGUCCGGUCCAGGUUUAUUCACAAGUGUACUUUACAAUAAUUAUUGUUAUCCAACAAGUAUGUGUUUUUCAAACGACUGUGCCUACUUGUUGGCUGAGGAGACAGAUCCCGACGGUCACUUGAUCGAACAAUUCCACAACUAUAUCCGGAAACGAAUGCGUGCAUACCGAUUCAAUCACAUUCUUGUUCCGAUGGGUUGUGACUUCUCGUACUACGAUGCUCGAUACACAUUCGAUCAUAUCAACCGGCUGAUUAGAUUGGUGAAUGGAACGCAAAUCAACGGGACACGUCUGAAUGUGUUUUAUUCGACUCCAUAUUGUUAUGCGAGGGCUGUAAAUCGACAGUGUCAAUCCGGAGUGCUUUUACGUCAACGUCAUGGGGAUUUUCUACCCUAUGAAGAUCGUUCGGGGCACUUCUGGACAGGAUUUUACACUAGCCGUCCCAGCCUGAAGCAAGUUGCACGACAAGCUGCCACAAUUCAAACCAUAGGGGAACAACUUGAUGUGUUUGCUCCAAUUGAUUCGGCGGCUGAUCUGAUUAACGCGGUUCGAGAACAGGUGGCCACACUACAACAUCACGAUGCAAUCACGGGGACGGAACAGCAGCAUGUGGCUGAUGACUAUCUAAGCAAUCUGUAUGACGCCCUCGUCCCAGCCAAAAUACACGUGACUAGAAUGAUGGAAAAUCUCACACUGUCAGGGUUGUCCGGUUUAGAAUAA